AUGCAUUUGGUAGACCUGUGGUUAACUCGUUCCCUCUCCAUGUGUCUCCUCUUACAAAGUUUUGUCCUCAUGAUACUGUGCUUUCAUUCAGCCAGUAUGUGUCCCAAAGGCUGUCUUUGUUCUUCCUCUGGAGGUUUAAAUGUCACCUGUAGCAAUGCAAACCUCAAGGAAAUCCCCAGAGAUCUUCCUCCCGAAACAGUCCUUCUUUACUUAGACUCCAAUCAGAUAACGUCCAUCCCCAAUGAGAUUUUUAAGGACUUGCAUCAACUCCGAGUUCUCAAUUUGUCCAAAAAUGGCAUCGAAUUUAUAGAUGAGCACGCCUUCAAGGGGGUGGCCGAAACCCUACAGACGCUGGACUUAUCCGACAACCGCAUUCAGAGUGUUCACAAAAAUGCUUUCAACAACCUGAAGGCAAGGGCCAGGAUCGCCAACAAUCCCUGGCACUGUGACUGUACUUUACAGCAGGUCCUGAAGAGCAUGGCGUCUAACCAUGAGACAGCUAACAACGUCAUCUGUAAGACUUCCGUGCUAGACGAACAUGCCGGGAGACCUUUCCUUAAUGCUGCCAACGACGCUGACCUCUGUAACCUCCCCAAAAAGACUACCGACUAUGCCAUGCUGGUCACCAUGUUUGGCUGGUUCACUAUGGUGAUAUCCUACGUGGUAUAUUAUGUACGGCAGAAUCAAGAGGAUGCCAGGAGGCACCUAGAAUACUUGAAAUCCCUGCCAAGCAGGCAAAAGAAAGCAGAUGAAGCCGAUGACAUUAGCACUGUGGUAUAGUAUUGGGAAUGACUAUCUUUGA